AUGAAGCGAGAACCCAAGACCAAACCUCUGCCUCUGCCUCUGCCUCAGCCUCUUCCUCAGCCUCAGCCUCUGCCCCAGCCUCUCCCUCUGCCUCAGCCUCUGCCCCAGCCUCUCCCUCUGCCCCAGCCUCAGCCUCUGCCUCAGCCUCUGCAGACUGAGUGGACAGGACAGGCCGCAGAUGGCAUCCUUCAGGGCACAGGCGACAUGUGUGACCCGUGA